CCAGAUUCGACCGUGGCAGGAUGUCUGGAUACGAAGCCGAGGAAACCAUCAAGCGCAUCAAGAGCCACAAGGGCGUGCAGGCCGUGCUCAUCGUCAACAACGACGGCGUGCCCAUCUACUCGAGCACGAACGACGACGAGUUCGCCAUCGACCACGCCGCGCUGCUGUCCCAACUGGCGGCCAAGGCGAAGAGCACCAUUCGGACGCUGGACCCGAGCAACGACAUGACGUUUCUGCGCAUCCGAUCCAAGAAGCACGAGAUCAUGAUCGCGCCGGACAAAGAGUACGCGCUGAUUGUGAUCCAAAACCCGAACGCGGGCACGGACCACGAAGUCACCGACUUGGCGUGAUAAGUACUUGCAUACAUAACCUGUGUUUAUGAAUUCCCGAGGAUAUUGCGCAGACUCGCGGCCUCGGGGUUGAACGUCGGGUUCUCGAUGAACUGCAAGAACAA